AUGGUUUCUCGUUCAGGUUGCCUUGGUAGCACUACUUCUUUGAUUAAAAAAUCAUUGAAGUUUCUCCCGGUUAUUGGCUGGUCAAUGUGGUUUUCUGAAUAUAUCUUUUUGGAAAGAAAUUGGUCCGAAGAUAAGAAUACCUUGAAGGCAGGUUUUGAAAACCUAAGAGAUUUUCCAAUGCCUUUGUGGUUAGCAGUUUUUGUAGAAGGGACUCGCUUUACACACGCAAAGCUCCUUGCUGCCCAGGAGUUUGCUAUUGAAAGCAAGUUACCUGUUCCCAAACAUGUUUUGAUUCCUCGAACAAAGGGUUUUGUUGCUGCAAUCAAUCAUUUGCGCUCAUUUGUUCCAGCUAUCUACAACUGUACAGUGGCUAUUCCUAAAGAUCAACCAUUGCCAACAAUUUUGAGAAUGUUUAGAGGAAAUUCUUCCACGGUACACGUGCACAUCAAGAGAUACUUGAUCUGCGAACUUCCAGAAACCGAUGGUGACAUCAAACAAUGGUGUAGAGACAUAUUUGUCGAAAAGGAUGCUUUAUUAGACCUACAUCAAAUAGAUAACUUAUUCAAGGGGAGUGAAUGUCAUGGCAUUGGUAGACCAAAGAAAUCCUUAUGUGUUGUUAUUAUUUGGUCAUGUCUUCUCAUAUUCGGGAUGGCUAAAUUCUUCGAAUGGUGUCCAUUGUCUUUUGGAACAAUAGGAUCUUGUGCAGGGCUCUUGGUUCUUGUUAUGCUCUUGAUGCAGAUCCUCAUUCUGUCUUCUCAAUCCGAACAGUCUAACCCGCCACAAUCGUCAAUACCUAAUAAAGAAGGCACAUUGAAUGAGAAACUCAUUCCAUGAUCAGAUCCAUCUUAGAAGGAAGCUUUUGGCAUCCAAAUAUACCAAGGAAGAAAUUUCUUCAUUUUUGGUGAACAGAGACACCGAGUGUUAACCAAGUCUAGGUAUCAUACCAUACCUAUAAUAGUUUAGGAUAGUAACCAAGUUGAGAGUAUUUAUUAGCAUUUUGGCGAAGAUAAAAACUGUG